UCACCGCGCCUUACGUCAACUCUAAAAAAAAACGAAGUGGGAUUUCUCUCCACCAGGCGUACACUCUCCCUGUUUUACGUAUUGUAAUACGAUUUUUUUUGUACAUUUAUCCGCUUGGCCUACGUCGUACAAACCAAACACACACGUUACUGCCGUCACGGAACAUGGCCAUCGAAUGUGACCUGGCCCGGGGGACGAAAACCGACGCUUCUCUCUGAGCUAAGCUAACGUUCUUGCGUCUAUAAGCAAACUCGCUAGCCUAGGAGGUAGCGUUAGCAUCGUUAGCUUUUUUGCAACGAAGCUACAUUGCUAGGCGGUAGCCUUGCCAAGCUAGCGCGCUAAUAAGUCACUUGGUUUAUCAAAAGGUAAACAACCGAGCUUUUCCAGAGUACGGGAUCGGCGAUCGCGUCCCUCGGGGCCCAAUGGCGCCACAAGCGCACGAAUUCGGCUCCUAAAUUCGCGCGGUGAAGUGCGGGGGUAAAAACGGGGGCUCGCACAGACAGCCCCGUCCGUCGGCGACGAUCAACAAUACAAAUCUCGGAUCCCCUCCGGUGAGGCCAAGCCAGCUAACGCCAGCUAGCUCCCCGCCAGCGGAGGGUGGCUGCGAGGGGCUGGUUGAACCGCCCGCCUGAACCGACCCCGGUCUGGAGGUUUGCUACCCGCCACCCGACCCCGGUCUGGAGGUCUGCUACACGCCGCCCAGCCCUCAACCCGACCCCGGUCUGAUCGGUCUGCUGCACGCCGCUCAGCCCUCCUACAGGACUCUGAUGCUGUGAUCCCGGACACGCCCGUGUGACACAGAUUCCCCUUUCUGUCUUGAGUUACAUCCAACUGGAGCGGCCAUUCUCCCACCAUCCCAACACUGGAUUCCACUCGCUCACUACGGCCUGCCACGCCCAUCCGUCGCCUCGCCCGCUCCUGAACCAUGUGAGGGCCCUUCGCUCCACUCUGAGGGGAUCCCAGGACCAUCCUGCAUAAGCCCCCCCCCCCACCGUGCAGGGGCUAGAGACACCCUGAUCCCGAGAAAGUGGUCGCCCCCUGUCCCCCUGUCCCCCCCACCCCACCCCUCUUUCCACACCUAUACGUUCUUGAUCUCCUUCCCUGGGGAGACACGCAAUGAUGUUCCGUGACCAGGUGGGCAUCCUGACGGACUGGUUUAAGGGCUGGAACGAAUGUGAACAGACAGUGGCACUGUUGUCCCUCCUGAAGAGGGCAACGCGCACCCAGGCCCGCUUCUUGCACAUCUGCCUGGAGCACUGGCUGGCGGACUGCUCCGAGAUCCAUAUACUAGAGGCCGAGGCCAACAAUGCAGCCAUCGUUAACCAAUGGCACCAGGAGCCUAAGGAGAAGGUGGUGGCCCUGCUGCUGUCCCACCUGCCCCUGCUGCAGCCGCGCAACAGCGAGGCAAAAUGUGAGUACAUGAAUCUGCUGCAGAAGGUGCUGAGUCACACCAUCGAGAGCAGCCUCUUCGUGGAGGAGAGCCGGCAGCUGCUCUCCUACGCCCUGAUCCACCCCGCCACCACCCUGGACGACCGCACCUCCCUGGCCAUGUGGCUCAACCACCUGGAGGAGCACCUCUCCAGUGGCUACGCCCCCUCCUCCAGAGCCCCCUCCAGCCCCUACCACCCGCGGCAGGGCUCGGACGAGUGGCCCAGCUCCGCGGACGCCAUGGACCCCGGCCACGCCUGGCACGACCAGUCGCCCUCCUCCAGCACCUCGCCCGCCGGCCAGAACGGACACAUGCCCUUCCCUGGGUGUAUGGGGUCGAACAGCAAUAACACAGGCCUGGGCCAGAUGCUGCCGAGCCCCCUGAAGAAGCCCAUGUCCCUUCUCCCCUGCGGGCCCCAGGCCUGUGGCUCAGAGUGGUCCAGCCAGGACGACACAGGGCUGCGGCAGGCCUUCGGGCCCUCGGACCACGCCCCGCUCUCCCCCCAGAGCAGCGUGGCCUCGUCCGGCAGCGAGCAGACAGAGGACCAGGGGUCCGCACGGAACACCUUCCAGGAGGACGGCAGCGGCAUGAAAGAUGUCCCCGCCUGGCUGAAGAGUCUUCGUCUUCACAAAUAUGCAUCGCUGUUCUCCCAGAUGACCUAUGAGGAGAUGAUGAUUCUCACCGAACACCACCUAGAGUCCCAGAAUGUGACCAAAGGGGCACGGCACAAGAUUGCUUUGAGUAUCCAGAAGCUGCGCGAGAGGCAGAGUGUGCUCAAGUCUUUGGAGAAGGACAUCCUGGAGGGAGGGAACCUGCGGAACGCGCUGCAGGAGCUGCAGCAGAUCGUCAUCACUCCCAUCAAGUACUACAGCGUGUCCAGCGCCGCCCUGAUGUCCUCGGACGCCAAGGCGGGGGACAAGGACCUGACGGCGGAGGGCUUCCAGUCCCACAACCCCCCGCCCUGCGACGGCGAGCCCUCGGCCACGCCCAUCUCGGAGGGCGACAUCGCCGGGCAGUUCACGCGCGUCAUGGGGAAAGUUUGCACCCAGCUGCUGGUGUCGAGGCCGGACGAGGAGAACAUCAGCUGCUACCUCCAGCUGAUCGAGAAGUGUCUGACGCACGAGGCGUUCACGGAGACCCAGAGGAAGCGGAUCGUGUCUUGGAAGCAGCAGGUCCUUAAACUGCUCCGCUUGGUCCCUCGGAAGGCCAUGGUGGACAUGCCAGUGUACCGACAGAAGGGUUGGGCGUAUGGCUCCAACUCGCUCCCCACAGCAGGCUCUGUGAGUGGAGGUCUGGCGCGGAGAGGCCAGAGGCAGUUCCAGAUGCCCCCCCCCCGCGGGCUCCCCACCAGCCGCAUGGGCCUGCUAAGCCCGGGGAGCAUCGGGGGGGCGUCCCCUCGCCACGCCCUCACCAACCCUGCCCUUGCCAGCCAGGGGAGACAGAACCUGUGGUUUGCCAACCCCGGGGGGAGCAACAGCAUGCCCAGCCAGAGCCGCAGCUCGGUGCAGCGGACCCACUCGCUGCCUGUGCACACGUCCCCACAAACCAUGCUUCUGUUCCAGCAGCAAGAAUGCCAAGUCCCAGGAGCAGACCUGGAAAUCAAUCCCACUCUGGAGUCACUGUGCCUCAGUAUGACGGAGCAUGCCUUAGGGGAUGGAAUAGACCGAACGUCAACAAUAUGAAAAAACACACGGCAUAACGAAGAAGGAAAAAACACUUAAUUUCAUCUUGAGGCCUGCAGUUCCUCGUUACCCAGCACAAAGAUGUACGCUUCAGAAAAACGAAAGGCAAACCGCUCACUACAAAACGACAAAAAAACUGUAUAUGUUAUGAUAUUUUUGUACUUUAUUAUAUACAACUAAGUUUAUUAUAAAUGGAAUACAGAUGAAUAUUAUAUUGCAGGAGAGAGGGCGGGGGAGGGAGAGAGAGGUGGAGCGAGGAUAGGUUAACUGUGGGUACUCUGCCCCAUGUUGUCUGCAGGACUGGGACAUGUUGUGCAGAGGCCCAGUUUGCUGUGCUCUUACAGGAAUUGGUGUAUUGGUGCUGUCUUAAAGUUUUUUUUGCCCCCUAUUCGUUUUCUCUUCCUUUUUCUCCCAGGAAAACAAAAAGAUAAGUGUGUCUCCGAGCAGCCUUGUGUUGGAGCUAGGAAAAAUAACACAUAGCCACAGCCUCUUCACCACGUAGUGUGGAAGUUGGAUCUCCUCCCCCCCAACUAAGAGUCGGGCACUUUCUCACAGACACAGACACGCAAACACACACACACACACACACACACACACACACACACACACACACACACACACACACACACACACACACACACACACACACACACACACACACACACACAGUGAGACCGGUAACACAGAUUGCACAUUGAUUUAACGUACUCACCGGGUCAACCUGCUGCAGGUCGCGGUUCACACACACACUCUGCUAGCCACACCUCUCGCUCUGUCGCCAGCCAACAGUGUCGAUCAAACCUUGGAAAAAAAUCUCCUUUUUGUUUCGUUUUUUUUACUUGUGUUGUAUUUCUGCUACUGCCCCAAAUAAACCUGAGGAUGAGGAUUGAAAAGCAAUUCUAGACGGCCUCCACAUUGUGUGACAGGAGCAGAGGAAAGGGGGCCUGGAAGAACGGAGCUGAUGCUAGUAACUUAACCACAGGUGGGCCCCUUUUCUAACCCCCCCAUCCCCCCGAAACCCCUGCAAACACGGACUCAGCAAAGCCAAAGUUAAGGGCUGUAUGAGGUCCCAACUCUUAACUGGAAGAUAUGACCGGUGAGACACGCCAAGAGGGGUUACCCGUGUCCCGACUAAGGGAAGGUGGCAGUUUGAGGAAUACACGCCAGCUUCCACUCAUCUCUAAUAUUCAGUUCCCUGGUAAACAAAUGAUGAUGAAUCUCAUUUUGCGCCGAGGAACCCCUGUGGGGCCGAGCCCGGGCUGGGGGGGUCGGCGCUGUCUAGGAAAGGAUUUUCAAUUGAACCAGGCUGGAAGGGGGGGGGGGGGGGGGAGUUUCAAUUUGCAAUGUAAUGCCUGGUAAAAUAACACAGUGAUGGCCAUCUCGUGCCCCCGGGCUCCUCCGCGAUUGGCUGGAAGAUGAUAAGGAAGCUCAGGCUUUUGUUAAUGACAGCGACGGCGCCGGCCGCCUUGCCCCCGCUCGGCCUUCUCCUCAAAAUGGCCACUUUGGAGAUUUGAUGACUCAUUUUUGUUUUGAACCCGUGGUGCUCGGAAGAUUCCCCAACGUUCUCUGUUUGGGUGUUCACGCCGCCGUCUCAGCCUCCCCUCCCCCCCACACUCUACCCUCACAUGAUCCCGUGGUGUCAGUGUUGAACCCAAACUCGUCUUAUACAGCCUCUGUCUUGGAAUGUGGCAGAGUAGGAGGUGCAUGUAUGUGUGUAAUAUGGUCUUAACUUUUUCGGGUUACACCUUGAGUCGCAUCGUAAGGUCAGGGAUUUAACCGUUUGCAUAUUGUUUCCGUCUCCAGAGCCAUAGGAGAUCUGUGUAGUAAACAUGGUCAUUUACAGAUGUCUUUUUUCCACUUGGAUUUUUUACUCUUCCUCGGUAUUGAUACCUUAUACUUUUUUUUUUUUCUAUAACUGCAUGUUUUUGCCACACUAAUACAGCAAGGUUGUAGAGAGAGAGGCACGACCAUCACGGGUGAUCAGUGUCGCCUGCAAAAAAAAACAAAACAAGAAAAAGACGAGCAUCUAUGUUGCAACUAAUGUUUGAUGUUAACGCCGCCUCUGUGUCACUGUUUACAUCUCACUGGACUAAUGCCAGCUUCAUGUGACCUCAUCAAUUAUUCCACUCGUCUCACGUUGUAAUGAAUUAAAAGCACCGAGGCCUUCUCCUCGCAAGAGAGCCGGCCCCGGCUACAGCCUGAGGACGCGACGCCUUCUACCCCAGCCAACACCCCACUCCUUCUCCAUUCUGUGUCAUUGCAAAUGGGGCUUAAAUGUUAGACGCGACACAUGUAGGAGGUUACCUUUUGUGGUUGUGGAGAAGAAGAAAAGUCAUUUUUCCUGGCCUUGUGAAUAAUCGUUCUGAGUCGUCACACGCUGGCACCCUAUUGGUGUUGUGCCUGAGAUACACAGCCACCCCGCUCCCCCCCCCUCCCGGCCCCGGCCCCAUGUUCCUUGUGUCUGUUGAGUUGCAUUUGUGAUCCUACAUAGUGUUCUAGUCAUGGCUUUCUUCAGAGCAGGCUCUCGGACAGAUCUGACUUAGAGUGAAUACAUGCGAUGUUGUGCCCUCAAAGAGUGCAACGGUAAAAGGUAUACACAACUUUUAUUUCAGUUAACACAUUUUAAUCUAUUAGUUAUUACUGUAUGUCGAUGCUCUUGUGUUAUGGCUCAGAUCCCCACUUUCAUGGUGUGUGCUGCAGACGAGGCGACACUGCCUCUGUUUCGCAGACAGGUGCCGGUUCCUGGCCAUUACUGGGAUGACGAAGCAGGAGAUGAAAAUGCUUAUCUGAGCCAUAAUUGAUGUGAUUAUUUGUGUAAACGAACACUAAUGACAGGCCAAGGAAUAUGUUUACUCCAUGUUUACAUUCCAGUAAUAAGUUGAAUGGGUUAGAAUGUGCUCUUCAUAAAUUAGGGUAUAUUCAACAGACAACCACCACUGUGAGGGUCACAGCUUAAUGUCAAAUUAAAAUUCUUACCAAGUUGUCUGUAAAAUACAGUCAGUGUCCCUGCCUGGCUUAAUUAAUAGAACUGUCAGUUAGAGGCAAUGUUGCGACGUUGUCUUGUACAAUUUCUAUUUAAUUCUAAUGACUCCUGAGACAUUUUCUAAUAUUUUAAGAAUGAAACAUUUUGCAUCCCAUGCUUACACACUCUAAUUUUUUACUGUCACUCAUUGUAUGUUUUGGAUGGUCUGAAUUGCAGCAUUCAUCAGAAUGACAGUCCAAAUAAAGGAGUUCAAUUCUU